AAUUAGUCGAACUGUGUCCGUAGGUUUUGGUGGAAGCAGGCAGCCGUUAUCAUUAGCGUUGGCUAGGAGUUAGCUGAGGUUAGAGGCUAGUUGUAAACGAUAGUUUGACGAUUUUACAGACAGCGAGGUUUAGAGGUAAAUUCAAGAAGAAUGGCGGAACCACUGAAGGCCUUUUUGGAAAACAAGCCGUUGGCGAAGACGAAGAAAGAUCCGAAACGGCUGUCGGUGGAGAGGAUCUAUCAGAAAAAGACCCAAUUGGAGCACAUCUUGCUCAGACCAGACUCCUACAUUGGCUCCGUGGAGCCUGUCACUCAACAAAUGUGGGUGUAUGAUCAGGAUGUGGGUCUGAACUGCCGUGAUGUGACGUUUGUGCCUGGGCUUUACAAGAUCUUUGAUGAGAUCCUUGUAAAUGCAGCUGACAACAAGCAGAGGGACAAGAACAUGUCCUGCCUCAAAAUCAACAUUGAUGUUGAAAACAACACCAUCAGUGUGUGGAAUAAUGGGAAGGGUAUUCCAGUAGUGGAGCACAAGGUGGAGAAAGUCUAUGUGCCUGCUCUUAUCUUUGGACAGCUCCUUACAUCCAGUAACUAUGAUGAUGACGAGAAGAAAGUCACCGGUGGACGUAAUGGUUAUGGCGCUAAGCUGUGCAACAUCUUUAGCACAAAAUUCACUGUGGAGACUGCCUGUAAAGAGUCAAAGAGGGUCUUCAAGCAGACUUGGUAUGAUAACAUGGGAAGAGCAGGAGAUGCUAACAUCAAACCGUUUGACGGAGAGGAAUUCACUUGCGUCACCUUCAGGCCAGAUCUGCCCAAGUUUAAGAUGAGCAUCCUGGACAAAGACACAGUGGCUCUGAUGACCAGGAGGGCCUAUGACAUCGCUGGAUCCACUAAGGGUGUCCGGGUGUUCUUCAAUGGCAAGAGGCUGCCUGUUACAGGUUUCCGUAGCUAUGUGGACAUGUACGUGAAGGACAAGGUGGAUGAACUGGGUGGUCCCCUCACUGUGAUCCACGAGUCUGCCAAUGAGCGCUGGGAGGUUUGCCUCACCAUGAGUGAGAAAGGCUUCCAGCAAGUCAGCUUUGUCAACAGCAUCGCCACCACCAAGGGAGGCCGGCACAUCGACUAUGUGGCUGACCAGGUGGUUGGUAAGCUCAUCGAAGUGGUGAAGAAAAAGAAUAAAGCUGGGGUCACAGUGAAGCCUUUCCAGGUGAAGAACCACAUGUGGCUGUUUGUCAAUUGCCUGAUUGAGAACCCCACCUUUGACUCUCAGACCAAAGAGAACAUGACAUUGCAACAGAAGAGUUUCGGAUCUACUUGUUCCCUCAGUGACAAGUUCAUUAAACAGGCCACGUCUUGUGGGAUUGUGGAAAGUAUCAUGAACUGGGUGAAGUUCAAGGCUCAAUCCCAGCUCAACAAGAAAUGCUCCGCUGUCAAACACACAAAAAUCAAAGGUGUGCCAAAACUGGAUGAUGCCAAUGAUGCAGGUGGGAAGAACUCCAUUGGCUGCACGUUGAUCCUUACUGAGGGAGACUCAGCCAAGACACUUGCUGUGUCUGGGCUGGGGGUGGUCGGAAGGGACCGCUAUGGUGUCUUCCCUCUCAGAGGAAAAAUGCUCAACGUCCGGGAGGCAUCACACAAACAGAUUAUGGAGAACGCUGAAAUCAACAACAUCAUCAAGAUCCUCGGUCUUCAGUACAAGAAGAACUACAGCGACCCAGAAUCCCUCAAGAGUCUGCGUUACGGCAAGAUCAUGAUCAUGACAGAUCAGGAUCAAGAUGGCUCACAUAUUAAGGGCUUGCUGAUCAACUUUAUCCACCACAACUGGCCGUCUUUACUGCGUCACAACUUCCUGGAAGAGUUCAUCACUCCAAUCAUCAAGGUCUCAUUCAAGAAAACCCAACAGUCUUUCUACAGUAUCCCUGAAUUCAAUGCAUGGAAGGAGAGUCAGUCCAACUUCAAAUCUUGGAAAGUCAAAUACUACAAAGGUUUGGGAACCAGCACAUCGCAGGAAGCCAAAGAGUACUUCUCUGAUAUGCAGAGACACCGUAUCCCAUUCAAGUACGCUGGACCUGAAGACGAUGAAGCUAUCACCCUUGCCUUUAGCAAGAAAAAAGUGGAAGAACGAAAAGAGUGGCUCACCAACUUCAUGACCAACAGGCGCCAGCGCAGAGAGCACAACCUGCCUGAGGAGUACCUGUACGGUCAGGCGACCAAGUCUCUCUCCUACAAUGACUUUGUCAACAAAGAGCUGGUACUUUUCUCCAACUCUGACAAUGAACGGUCUAUUCCCUGCCUGGUGGACGGUCUGAAACCAGGCCAGAGGAAGGUUUUGUUCUGUUGCUUCAAGAGAAAUGACAAGCGGGAAGUGAAGGUGGCCCAACUGGCUGGCUCUGUGGCUGAGAUGUCAGCCUACCACCAUGGAGAGGUGUCUCUGAUGAUGACAAUUAUUGGUUUAGCCCAGGACUUUGUGGGAAGCAACAACUUGAACCUGCUGCAGCCUCUGGGACAGUUUGGAACCAGGUUGCACGGUGGCAAGGACUCUGCCAGUCCUCGAUACAUCUUCACCAUGCUCAGUCCCCUGGCCCGUCUGGUUUUCCCAGCUAUGGAUGACAACCUGCUCAAGUACAACUACGACGAUAACCAGCGUGUAGAGCCAGAGUGGUACAUCCCCAUCAUCCCCACUGUGCUGGUGAACGGUGCGGAGGGAAUUGGCACAGGCUGGGCCAGCAAGAUUCCCAACUAUGACAUUCGUGAGAUCAUCAUAAACAUCCACCGCAUGCUCAACGGAGAGGAACCUCUGCCCAUGCUUCCAAACUACAAAGGCUUCAAAGGCACAAUAGAGCAGGUGAUGGACAACCAGUACAUGAAUAGUGGAGAGGUGUCCAUCAUUGAUUCCACCACCAUUGAGAUCUCUGAAUUGCCUGUCAAAUCCUGGACACAGACCUAUAAGGAGAAUGUGCUGGAGCCCAUGAUGAAUGGCACAGAAAAGGUUCCUCCUCUGAUCACAGACUACAAAGAAUACCACACUGACACCACAGUGCGCUUUGUGGUCAAGAUGACGGCAGAGAAGCUGCAAGAGGUGGAGGCUGCUGGCCUCCAUAAAGUCUUCAAGCUGCAGAGCCCCCUCACCUGUAAUUCUAUGGUUCUGUUUGACCACGUGGGCAGCCUGAAGAAGUACGAGUCUGUGCAGGAUAUUCUGAAAGACUUCUUUGAGCUGAGGAUGAAGUACUACGUGCUGAGAAAGGACUGGUUGGCAGGCAUGCUGGGUGCAGAGAGUGCUAAGCUCACCAACCAGGCUCGUUUCAUCCUGGAAAAGAUUCAGGGCACCUUGGUUAUCGAAAACAAGCCAAAAAAAGAACUGAUUCGCAUGCUGCAACAGAUGGGCUACGACUCCGACCCAGUCAAGGCGUGGAAGCAGGCUCAGGAGAAAAAUGAGGAGCUGGAGGAGGAGGACGAGGAAGGAGCAGAGAAAGAAGACACCAGUGGGCCAGACUACAACUAUCUGCUGAGCAUGCCCAUGUGGUUCUUGACCAAAGAGAAGAAAGAGGAGCUGUGCAAACAGAGGGAUGCUAAGUUGACAGAGCUAAACACUUUGAAGAAGAAGACUCCGGCGGAUAUGUGGAAGGAAGACCUGGCUGCUUUCUCUGAGGAACUGGAGCGCAUUGAAGCAAAAGAAAAGGAGAAUGCCAGCAUGCCCGUGAAGGGCGCUGGAAAGGGCAAAGCCCUGAAGGUGAAGAAGGAGACUUUGCCCACGCCACAGGGCCGUCGUGUUGUUCCACGCGUCACCAGCACAAUGAAAGCUGAAGCGAACAGGAAGGCUGAUCUGAAGAAAGGAGAGGGCAAGAGAGGCAGGAAAGUCAAGAGUGAAGAUGUAGUCAUGAAGAUGGAGUUUGCAGAAGAUGGAGUGAAUACGGAGUCAGUGGAGGAGAUCAGUCUCGCUGCACGACUCAACAAGAAAACUAAAACACAGCCAAAGGAAAAGGCCGCAGCAUCAAAGACUGGCAAACAGACAACUCUUCAGUUCAAGGCUGUUGCCAAGAAGCCCAAGAAGAAUCCGUGGUCGGACGAUGAGGCUGAUGAUCUGUCUGCCAGUGAAGUGGAGGCAGAGGAAGAGGAAGAGGCCGGCCCCAGAGAGCGGAUAGAACGCAAAACUAAAGCUGCCGUGAAGUACAGCGUGUCAGACAGCGAGGAUGAAUUUGAUGACUGGAAGAAAAAGGACGCUCCAAAACGGAGAGCUCUCGUCAGCGACGAUGACACCAGCUUCGCCCCAGAGCCCAGCGCUAUGUCCGACAGCGAUGUGAACUCUCCUGCUCCACCUCCCAAAGCUCCAGAACCGCUGAAGAAAGUGGCAAAGAGCAAAUCAACAGUUAAACCGGCUGUCUCCAAGUCCAGCUCUCAGUCGGAUGAUCAGGUGCCCGCAUCCAAGCCUCCUGUUCAACGUAAAACCAAAGAGGCUGCGCCCAAGAAAGCUGCUGCAGCCAAGAAACCAGCUGCAUCCAAGAAGAAGGCUGCAGAUGUGAAGCAGCCAUCUAUCGUGGACGCUCUAUCAAAGCCCAAAGCUGCCAAGAAAGUCCCUUCGUUUGACUCCAGCGACUCGGAAAGUGAAGUGAAAGCUCCAACUGCGAAGCCGAAACCUGUUCAAAAACGGAAACAGUUGAGCAGCGACGACUCCGACAGCAGCUCGGACAACCUCAUGUCGCGCCUCAAGGCUAAAACAACCGCUGGCAGCAAGAAAACGAAGAAGUGGAACGAGGACGAGAGCUUCAAGAUGUCGGACUCGGAAGCAGCAGCUCCCGUUGCCGUGGCGCCGCGGGAUAAGCCCGCGCGUGCACGCAAACCCAUCACCUACAACCUGGACUCCGACUCAGACUCAGACUUUUAAAUGUCACUCUCUGUCCAUGUGGUUAUUUGCUUUUAUAUAUAUAUACGCUUUUAGAGUUCGUGCUAGAGAUAGGUUCUUAGAUUGUUUAUGCCGUUGAAUUAACCCUCACAUUUGAAAAGUCUGUUAAAAGUUGCUCAAGCAGCAGGAGAGACGCUGUUAAACCUCUGGUUUUAUCCUUAACAUGACUUUCUCUUCUCUUGUCUUCUGUUAUGUUGUGUUUUGUCCUGUAAAUAUUUUAAUGGCUGUUCAUGUUUGAAUUUUAAAAAAUAAAGUUUUUUGUAUUG